CAGCGGAAGAGAAAUAAAGUCUGAGGGAAAGGAUAGAUCUGAAAAGGAAGAAAAGAGCAGCUUCGUCUCUGCCAGGGUUUCCUCGACACAUGAAGGAGGAAAGAGUCUGUAAAUAAACCCGAAGUGAGUCCAGCAGGUGGGAAAUCACUGCAGAAGAAUGUGAUUGGCUGUCUACCACCUGUUGGACAAGUUUUGAUGUCACUGGUGUGUUUUUUUUAAGACUUGAACUGAUGUCAUAAAGGUGUGACACACACAGACACCCGGAAGGACAAGGGAGAAAUGAGCAGCUUCGUCUCUCCCAGCGUUUCCUCGACACAAGAAGGUGGAAAGAGUCUGUAAAUAAACCUGGAGUGAGUUCAGCAGUGAACUAUGGAACAAUUUAUUGAAAACUCCAGCCUCGAGGGCUUGGAGGUGAUUGGCUCCGGAGGUUUCGGACAAAUCUACAAAGCCAGGCAUCGUCGGUGGGCGUGUGACGUGGCCAUUAAACUGCUUCGUCAUGACGAUGGGAACAAUAAGUCUUUGCUGCGUGAGAUUAAGAUGAUGCAAGAAGCAAGCAGCCCGCAUGUUAUUCGUGUCCUAGGGGUCUUCAAGGGUCAACCGCCCAAUUCUGGCUGGGCAACCCAGCUUGGUGUGGUCAUGGAGCUCAUGGAGAGAGGAUCACUGGCCUCCCUGCAGGAAGCCUUGGAUGGACCUCCACCCUGGCCGCUGGUCUUCAGACUGGUUCACCAAGUGGCUCUGGGUAUAAACUUCCUCCACAGUCUGCCUCGUCCUCAUGGUCCCGUUCUCCACCUGGACCUGAAGCCCCAAAAUGUGCUGUUGGACGACGCUCUCAAUGCCAAGCUUACAGAUUUUGGCCUUUCCCGGAUUUCCUACAGCGUCUCACAAGUUUCCAGGAAGGAUGAUGAAGAUUCAGGAGGGACAGUCAACUACAUGCCCCCGGAGGCGUUUGGUUUAACAUACAAACCUAAACGAGCCUCUGAUAUCUACAGUUAUGGGAUUCUCAUUUGGUCCAUUACCACAGGGGAAAAACCAUAUGAGUAUGCAAACCCUGAGAUGGUGAUGAUUCAUGUCCCAGAUGGAAAGCGUCCACCAAUAGAUGACAUUAAGGGUGAUGCUGCAGGGUUGACAGAGUUGAAAGAACUGAUGAAGAGAUGUUGGGACAAUAAACCUGAAGAAAGGCCCCAAGCCCUUGAGUGUACAACCAAGACAGAAGAACUGUAUCAGAAGCACAAACAUGCAAUUUCUGAUACUGUCCAUGAAGUGCUGAAGAAACUGGACCAAAAGGAAGAGGAAGAGAGUGAUGUUGUUGAUAACAUGCCGACAGGUCCCUCGCCAAUUCAGGACCAAAAGAAAAAGGAAGACAAGGGAAUGAAAGAGCAGUUUCAAAGAAUUCAAAUUGCUCAGGCUUCAGAGAGUGACCAUUUUGAAGAAGAGGACGUUGUUGAUUACGUGCGGAAAGGUCCCCCGCCAAUUCAGGAAGAAAAAAAGGCGACACCUCAAGAGGUCCUCUUGGGAACUCUAGAACAUUUGGGAGCCCAAGACUUUGAAACAUUCAAGUGGUACCUGGAGGUCCUAAGAGACUUCCCAGCAAUCCCAAAGAGUCGACUAGAGAAUGCAAACAGGGUGAAGGUGGUGGAUCAGAUGUUCCAAACAUACAGCAUGAACACAAUUAAAGUGACCAGAAUAGUUUUAGGGAAGAUGGGUCAGAACAAACUAGCGGAGAAUUUAUCAUAGACCAUUAAUGAAUAGUUUCAUAAAAACAUACAAAAUCCUAAAAUACAAGACACAAAGUAUUUCACUUUAAUAAAAAGCAAGAAUGAGCUAAAUAAAUAAAUACUAUUAAAUAAAUACUCUUGUCCAAAAAAGGAGUAGGAACAAGCAAAAUGCUUUUUGGGUCCAACCCUUUUUGAAAUGUCCAUACCAUUAUCAAAGGGUUUUUUAUCUAUUGUUUUUCAAUAAACAGCCAUAUAACCCUACAACCAAAAACAUUGUGUUGUGUUUCGAGCACAAAUUGUGGUCUAGUAUCACUCCCAAAAACAAAUUUUCAUAAACUCUAACAUAUUAUUGUAAAACAUCACAACAACCUUUGUAUUCUAAUGUAUUUCCCUUUUCCCAAACACCAUACAUUUAGUUUUUUUCAGAUUUAUUGAUAAUUAGUUUGAGUCAAACCACAAUUUCAGCUUCCCUAAUUCUUUUGAGACAACGUACAGCCGCUGCUGUAGGUUCUCCCCAGAACAAAAAAUAUUGGUGUCAUCAGCAAAAACAACCCAUUUCACAAUACUAGAUACUUUACAUAUAUCACUGAUGUAUAAAAUGACUAAUUUAGGACCUAAUAUUAACCCUUGUGGCACACCACAUGUAAUAUGUAAAUAUGUUUAGUUGUAAUCCCCCCAUUUGUACAAAUUGUUUUCUGUUUUCAAUAAAGCUUUUUAACCAGUUGAGACUCUAA